CGCCCCUCGCGCAUGCGCAGUUGUCGCCAUGGCGCCGCUCCGAGUCCACGUCCUUUACUGCGGAGCCUGAGGCUAUAAACCCAAGUUCCAGAGGCUGAAGCAGGAGCUGGAGCGGCGCUUCCCGGGAGCCCUGGACGUGAGCGGCCAGGGCACGCGGGAGGUGACGGGAUGGUUUGAGGUGACCGUGGCGGGGCACCUGGUGCACUCCAAGAAGAACGGCGAUGGCUUCGUGGACAGCGACUCCAAACUGCGCAGGAUCGUGGCCGCCAUCGAGUCCCACCUGGCCUAGGCCCCGCUAGGGGUGGGGCGCGGCCGUGGCGACGCGUCGCGAUACCGCGCGAUAUAUCGGGAGAUAUGGGCGGGUGUCGCGAGAUACCGCGGGUUAUCAGGAGAUAUCGCGAGAUAUCGCGAGGUAUCGCGAGGUAUCGCGACGCGUCGCGACGGCGCCGACCCCUCCCGGCCCCUCCCAGGCCCCCCCCCAGCGCUCCAUGACGGGAAUCGCCGAAACGCCGCCGGCACCGGGCGCGUCCCAGACCCCGCGCGGGAGGGGGCACGGGGGGCUGGGGGGGGUCAGAGCCCACCCCAAACCCCGAGAGCCCACCCCAAAUCCCUUAAUUCCAUCUGAAAUCCCUGAGAUCCCACCCAAAAUCCUGAAAUCCCACCCAAAAUCCCUUAAUUCCAUCUGAAAUCCCUCAAAUUCCACCCCAAACCCCGAGAUCCCACCCAAAAUCCUGAAAUCCCACCCUAAAUCCCUUAACUCCAUCUGAAAUCCCACCCCAAAUCCCUUAAUUCCAUCUGAAAUCCCGAGAUCCCACCCAAAAUCCUGAGAUCCCACCCUAAAUCCCUUAACUCCAUCUGAAAUCCCACCCAAAAUCCCUUAACUCCAUCUGAAAUCCCUCAAGUUCCACCCAAAAUCCCUUAAUUCCAUCUGAAAUCCCUGAGAUCCCACCCAAAAUCCUGAAAUCCCACCCAAAAUCCCUUAAUUCCAUCUGAAAUCCCACCCAAAAUCCUGAGAUCCCACCCUAAAUCCCUUAACUCCAUCUGAAAUCCCUCAAGUUCCACCCAAAAUCCCGAGAUCCCACCCCAAAUCCCUUAAUUCCAUCUGAAAUCCCUCAAAUUCCACCCCAAAUCCCGAGAUCCCACCCUAAAUCCCUUAAUUCCAUCUGGAAUCCCUGAAAUCCCACCCAAAAUCCCGAAAUCCCACCCAAAAUCCCUUAAUUCCAUCUGAAAUCCCUCAAAUCCCACCCAAAAUCCCUUAAUUCCAUCUGAAAUCCCUCAAAUUCCACCCAAAAUCCUGAAAUCCCACCCAAAAUCCCGAGAUCCCACCCAAAAUCCUGAGAUCCCACCCAAAAUCCUGAAAUCCCACCCUAAAUCCCUUAAUUUCAUCUGAAAUCCCACCCAAAAUCCCUUAAUUCCAUCUGGAAUCCCUGAGAUCCCACCCAAAAUCCCUUAAUUCCAUCUGAAAUCCCUCAAAUCCCACCCAAAAUCCCUUAAUUCCAUCUGAAAUCCCUCAAAUUCCACCCAAAAUCCCAUCCAAAAUCCUGAGAUCCCACCCUAAAUCCUGAGAUCCCACCCAAAAUCCCGAGAUCUCACCCUAAAUCCCUCAAAUCCCACCCCAAAUCCCUUAAUUCCAUCUGAAAUCCCACCCAAAAUCCCUCAGAACACACCCAAACUCCUUUCAUUCCAUCCUAAAUUCCUUCAUUCCAUCCUAAAUUCCUGAGAUCCCACCCAGCAUCCUGAGAUCUCACCCAAAUUCCCUCAAAUUCCACCCCAAAUCCCUCAAAUGUCAUCCUAAAUAUUUCCUUCCACCCCAAACGCUUCAAAUCCCUCAAAUUUCAUCCAAAAAUCUCUCAAGUUUCACUCCAAACCCCCUCAGAUCCCACCCAAAAUCCCUCAGAUUUCAUCCUAAACCCCUCAAAUCCCACCCUAAAUAUUUUUAUUCCACCCCAAAUCCUUCAAAUCCCCCUCCCCAAAACCUUUCUUCCCCCUCCAAAUUCUCCUCUUACCCCCCCAAAAUCCUUCCCCUCGCUCCAAAAACUCCUCUUUUUUUUUUCUUUCACCAACCGCCUUCGCCGCUGCCGUUUUCAGCCGAAUUCUGCAUUUUUGGGGAUUUUUCUCCCACGGAACUCUCCCCGACGGGGCUGAAAGAAUCGGGGAAAAAGCUGUUUAAACCACUAAAAAUAGCCGUAAUGAUUUUAUUAUCCCUCCCCCCGUUUAUUAGCUCUCAACCACCGUUCCAGUUGCCUUCCGUGACCCGGUGGCCUUUUGGGAAUAAAGCGUUGGAAAUCGGA